UCACAUCCGGAGGCGGAGGCCGGGCGGCCGGAAGUAGGUCGCGUUUCCAAGAUGGCGACUCCCUAUGUUACCGAUGAAACCGGAAAAUACAUCGCUUCCACACAGCGUCCCGAUGGUACAUGGCGGAAGCAAAGGAGGGUGAAGGAAGGCUAUGUCCCCCAAGAAGAGGUGCCCGUGUACGAGAAUAAAUUCGUGAAAUUCUUCAAAAGUAAACCGGACCUACCUCCGGGCCUGAAUCCAGAGGCCAACAACCCCAUGGCCAAGCAAGCUGCAAAGGGACCGGAGGGUGGUGAGACAGGACUCUCCAAGACAGCAAAGAGGAACCUAAAACGCAAGGAAAAGAGGAAGCAGCAGCACGAGAAAGGGGAGCGAGAUACAGAUGACCUCAUUCAGGCAUUAGAGAAAACCACCUUGUCGCCGACCGCAGGUAACAGUGGAGACGUCAAGCUGGCUGUGCAAGCCAGUACUGCAAGGCCUCCAGCAAGCGGCAGCGACGCCUCAUUGGCUGCCGCCGCCUUGGAGAAGAACAAGAAAGUCAAAAACCUGAAAAAGAAACUGCGGCAGGUGGAGGAGUUGCAAGCACGGAUUGACUCUGGGGAGAUCAAGCAGCCGACCAAAGAGCAGUUGGACAAGCUGGCUCGAAGGAAAGCUUUGGAAGAGGAACUCGAGGACCUGGAAUUGGACUUGUAAGGGGUUGGAAUCGCAACUGGACAUAGCGUGCGUAGGAACAAACCGUCCCCCGGGGAACAUGUUCUGAGAACUGUGCCACACACAGACCAGAAGAUGCUGUCUUCAGGCUCCUUCUUUGUACCUUUUGUUUUAUUUUAUGUUGGGUGCUGUCUGAAUUUUUAAAAGUAUUUCUCCCAGCUGUUGAUGUGUUAGAUACUCAAGGACUACUUUGCCACUCCCCGAAGUCCCUUUCUCUUUCCCCUCCCUCCAUCGGGGUGAGUGGCUGGCUGGGAGGAUCAUAACGUGAGGCACAGCGGGGGGGGGGGGGGGGUGAGGCUGGCUUUUAGAGGCGCCAGAGUGGGUGGAGUGUCCCGUGUCUUCUCCCUGACUCCUGUGUAAGAUUUGACACCUUCAUGUUCUCUGUAAAUGGCCACUCCACCCUUCCACCUUCUCUUCUUCCUCCUCAUUUUUAAAAAGGAUGCAAUAAUAAAAAAUUGCGGUAGUCA